AUGCUCUCGCACGAACACCGCGCAUCGAUAUCCACCGGCCGCACCUCUCUGCACGAGUGGGUCAAGGAAACAAGCCAAGUGAUGCAGCAGUCGCAGCGGCCAAUCCAAGCGGACGAGGUCGCCCUCCAGAUGCGGAGGUCCAAGGGCUCCUAUCGCCUCUCGGACUUCAUCAUUCAACGCACCCUUGGAACGGGCAGUUUUGGACGAGUACACUUAGUGCGAAGCAAACACAACUUGCGCUUCUACGCGAUUAAGGUCCUGAGCAAGGAGAAGAUCGUGCGGAUGAAGCAGGAGUCGCACACGCGCAACGAACAGAUGAUCCUGCAGGCGGUGCAGCAUCCGUUCAUCAUCAACCUAUGGGGCGCGUUCCAAGACACUGCGAAUCUAUAUAUGGUCAUGGACUUUGUCCCUGGCGGCGAGCUGUUCACGUUGCUGCGAAGGUCGAAUCGCUUCCCAGACCCCGUAGCAAAGUUCUACGCGGCAGAGGUCGCACUCGCGCUCAACUAUCUCCACUCAAAGGACAUCAUUUACCGCGACCUGAAGCCCGAAAACAUUCUUUUGAAUUUCGACGGCCACAUCAAGAUCGCAGAUUUCGGCUUCGCGAAGCACUGCACGACGACCGUCUGGACGCUGUGCGGUACCCCAGACUACCUUGCACCCGAGAUUAUCGGCAACGUACGGUACAACAAAAGCGUGGACUGGUACGCACUCGGGGUGCUGAUCUUCGAGAUGCUCUCCGGGCUGCCACCGUUCCACGAGCCAGACAUCUCGCCCGUGGUGCUGUACGAGAAGAUCGCACAGGGCCCGGCGUGCAUCAAAUGGCCGGCGUUCAAUGCGAACGCCACGGAUCUGAUUCUGAAGUUCAUGGAGCGUGACCCGAGCAAGCGGUUUGGGAACCUCGCGCACGGCGCGGGGGACGUCUUCGCGCACCCGUGGUUUGCGGAGGUGGACUGGAAGAAGCUGUUGAACAGGGAGAUCACGGCGCCGUAUCUGCCGAAGAUCGCGAACGAUGGGGAUGCGAGCGCAUUCGAACGAUACCCAGAAGAAAACGCCGCUGCGCGGUAUGGCGAGAUCACCAGAGACCUGUAUGGGGAGCACUUCCCGGACUUUGAGUACACGAGCUCAUGA